UACACAUAUUACUGACAGGUACACACAUUACUGACAGUUACACACAUUACUGACAGGUACACACAUUACUAACAGGUACCCACAUUACUGACAGGUACCCACAUUACUGACAGGUACCCACAUUACUGACAGUUACCCAAAUUACUGACAGUUGCACACAUUACUGACAGGUACCCACAUUACUGACAGGUACCCACAUUACUGACAGUUACACACAUUACUGACAGUUACACACAUUACUGACAGGCACCCACAUUACUGACAGUUACACACAUCACUGACAGGUACCCACAUUACUGACAGUUACACACACAUAAGUACAUAUACAUAUGCCUAAAAGCCUCAAUGUUGUGCGUGUUGUUUUAUUUGUUUGCUUGAAUAAUUUGAUUGAAGGGAGUUUAUGGCUCUAUAUAAUACUGUGUGUUGCCUUGAAUUCAUUCUGGAUUUGGGGACUGUGAAGAGACCCCUGGUGGCAUGUCUGGUGGGGUAAGUAUUUCUGUCAGAGCUUUAUGUAAGUUGAUUAUACUGACCAUUUGGAAUUUUCUACACAAUAAUAUUUCACAAUAACAAGAAUUGAUGCAGUCAAUCUCUCCUGUACUGAUAUGAAUACUGUUGACAUUAGCCCUCUGUGUACAUUGAAGGGCAAGGAGUGUUGAUGUAGUGCGGACGUGACUGGUCUGGUGUCCUUGGUCUGUGGAGUCACCUUCCUGGUUCUGGCUCAGCCUCAUGACUCAUCAGCUUUAGCCAACACACAGACCCACCUGGUGACGGGUAGCCCUAGUGAUGAUAAGGUAAUGCAUGUCAAAAUGGCCUCCUGCCGACGCUGAUACGUCCUGCUCUGCCCACCAUCCAGCAGUCUCUGGGCAUGAAGCAGUUCCAGCUCCCGUUUCCCCUGGAUACGGCCUCAGCAGUCAGCCUCUUCCCCGGCUUCGGCACGAUGGACCCAGUUCAGAAGGCUGUUAUGCAUCACACGUUUGGAGUUCCUCCCUUGACGAAGAGAAGACAUGUCUCGUGCAGCGUGUGCCAACUGAGAUUCAACUCACAGAGCCAAGCCUUAGCCCACUACAAAGGAACAAAACACGCCAAGAAGCUGAAAUCUCUGGACGCUACCAAAUGUAAGCUCAGAGGUUCAGUGGUCACCAAGGAAACCACCAACCAUGAAACCCCUAAGAGCAUCAACCCUCCAGCAAUGUGCUACGGCACUGACAGGAAAGAUGGCUUUCCAGGUGCAUCGCCGCUACCACUAUCUCCUGUGCUCACACUGGCUCCAACCCUAGGAUCCCUGGCAUCAUCCCUGGCACCCAUGACAUCAAUGUUACCACCCCUGGCACCUACGCUGGCAUCGAGUCCCAACUCAUCCACAGGGACAGAGACUACCUCAGCUACAGGAUGGGACGAACGGGCCUCGCCCAAACCCAGCUCACCUAUAGAACCAGACAUGGAGGAGGAGCAAGAGGCUGAGACGGACCCGGAGACGGAGGAAGAGAAAGCCAGGCGUCUGCUCUACUGCUCGCUCUGCAAGAUGGCCGUCAACUCGGCAUCCCAACUGGAGGCUCAUAACAGCGGUACGAAGCACAAGACCAUGCUAGAGGCCAGGAGUGGUGUGGGCUCCAUCAAGUCCUUCCCCCGGCCAGGGGUCAAGAGUAAGCUAGCUCCGCCCACCAAGGCAGCCACGGGCCUGCAGAACAAAACAUUUCACUGUGAGAUCUGCGAUGUACACGUCAACUCUGAGACACAGCUAAAACAGCACAUCAGCAGCAGACGUCACAAAGACCGAGCGGCAGGCAAACCGGCCAAACCCAAAUACAGUCCCUACAGUAAACCCCCGAAAGGCCAGGCCACACAACCAGUGAAGCUGACAGUGGGGAAGGAGUUGUGCCAACCUCAGAUAACCCAGAUAAUGCCCGCUCACCUGGCAGCAUUGGCAUCAGCAGCAGCAGCUAUGGGCUCGGCCUUCCCCGGCCUCCGCUCCACCCACGUUCCCUCCCAUGGCCCCACCCUUUUUCAGACACAGACCCUCCCUGCUGCCCUGCUGCGCCCCGCCCCCGGGCCUGUCAGGACCUCCCAUACACAGUUACUGUUUUCCCCCUACUGACUCACAACCCCACCCUAUAGACUCUAUGGACUUCCCAUGAUGGACAUGCCACAGAAGUUGUUAUGAACCAGAGUCCCCUUCCCUCUGCUUAUCCCUCUAUACAUUUGGACCACAGGCCACCUUCACCAGAAUAUGGGGAUAAUAAGCACAGAGGAAUAGUUUAACCCAUACUGACAGAUAACACCUACUGGGCUGGCCAGACCUCCCGUUAUGGAUUUCCCAAGGAACCCAUCAAUGACCCAGAAUUGAUCAGCGUCCCCCUUCCCUCUGCUGUUCCCCCUACAUUCAGAGAAGAACCACACCCCGGAAUGAAUAACGGCUCAAAUAAACAGAUGGACGCGGUGUGUUAGCGAUCACCUGCUGGGUGUGAACGAUCCAACAUGUAGAAUCGUGGGGAAAUAAUAGCCGAUGUUCUGGUCAGAGGCGAUAGGACGGCCACCCACGGCUUUUAACUGUUCGUCGUCCUGGUGUGUAUCCUCUGAAGACUACCAUCUUCACGAAAACAUGUGGACUACAGACAACCUGAAGCAUUACAUCUGGACUACUGCCCACUCUAUUCCAUUUGGAUUACUACUGCUCUACAGCAUUAACCCUGCAUCUCCUGUUUAACUGGACUACAGGCCGGUCUCAUCAUUGUUGUAGGACCACCCUGUUGAAUCUACUCGCCCAUCUUCACUGAGUCAUUGACUCAUCACAAUCCCCUCCUAUAGUAGCUAAUACUUAGUAGUACCCACACAGCCACCCACGUUCCUGUGCCAUUCUCUUACCCAUGAAUCAUACCCAAGAACAGGACUUGGAGUUAUAUUGUACUGCAAUAAUGUAUAAGACAAACCGGUGAACUAUGCAGUGUCAUUUCUGUCUAAUACAAGGCACCGUUUGAGCUAUAAUUGUGCUAUAGGGAUAUCAUAUUUGUAAAGAUAGUGGCGCACUAAGAUCAUUGCUUCAGUGGAGGUAGCUAUCACUCAUGUUUGUAAAAAAGACUGGUAAGGAUCUCCUCUUUUGCUGUUUGCACUUUAAGUCCCCUCUCUGUUGAUGUCUACAGUGCAUUAGAUGGCUAGAGUAUGUGUUGUAGUUCCUCUUGCAUUACGUGUAUGUGUCUGUUAGUGUGUAAGUGUUUUGUUUCUUUGUGUGUGUGCGUAUGUGUGUGAGUGUAUAUGGGUGUUUGUGUGUGACCUUGCCCUCCACCUUAAAGCCAUCCCAGCUGACACCCAAUAACCAUUCUGAAUGACCACGUCAUGGGCUCAAGAGACCACUAAGGCUUGUGUAUAAUAUCUGUUAAUGUGUAAAAGAUGAACCAUUUCAAAUAAAAAAGUCUUAAUUUGUU